UCAGGCUUGUAACCAAAGGUGAGAAACCUCAUCAAACACCUGUAAGCUACAUGCUAAUGCCUGUUUCAGAUUUAGAAUUCUAAAAACAAUAUCAUUCGCCAUUAAACAUUCUACGAUUUUCAGUAGACAAUGAUUAUAUGAGCUUGUUAGAAUUGCGAAAGUUUUAAAUUUUAAGUAUACCAAACUUGCUUCUAAAUGAAUGUUUCAAGUGAUUCUGAGUUAACAUUGGAGCUUUCUGACUCCUACAAAACAUCAAAGGUGAAAGACUAUGUCUCGCAAUUUAUCCUUUCUGACGAAACUAUGGUGGAUGUUAAACAGUUACUUGAACACGAAAUGAAUUAUGGCUUGAAAGAUCCAAAUUCCGAUAUGCAAGGAACUUCAAUGGAAAUGAGAGUUACCUUUUUCACGGAACUUUUUAAUGGAUUUGAAAAGGGCGAUUAUGUAAUUAUAUUUUUAGAUAAAAGAUAUCUAGUUUUGGCUCUAGUUAAAAUAAGUCCUGGUUUUUCCCCCGAAACAAAAACACAAGUUUACCCUUUAAGUGAGAAUGUCAAAAAAACUCCUUACAUUAAAAUAUUUGAAUACAUCAGCGAUUGUUUGCUGGAGUUUUUUACCGAAUUAAAUUUAUUGGAAGAAACUCAAGUUGUGGGGUUUUGCUGCAACUUACCAGUCGUACAAUUAGGUAUUGAUGACUGCACGAUAUGUUAUUUUACUUCUGAAGCAUCUAAUUUUCCUCUGAAUUGUUACGACAUUCAUCGAUGUUUCAAUAUCGUUCUUCGCAAACCGAAAUACAAGAACUUAAAGUUCGAUCUCGCAGCCAUUUUGAGCAAUAACACUAGCUCGUUUAUUUCCACUGCGUACAUCCAUGGAAAUAUAGAUAUGUUGGUUAAUUUUGAAGAUGAUUGCAAUAUUCUGUAUUGGGAAGAUCGAAAGUUAGUUGAAAAAUGGCGAAAAUCUGAGUCAAAUGAAGGAAAAGUGCUUAUUGAUUGCGAUCUUAAGAAUUUUGGGAAGUUAGGGACCAUAGACUUUAUUUCAACAAACCAUGAUUGGGACAUAAUACCAGAACACCUAAAUGACAAUUAUGAAAAACACUGUUCUAUGGGUCAGUUAUUACUUCCGAACUCAGUUCUUGAAUUGAUUAAACGAAUAUUACUUUCAUUGCACCACGAUUUACUCUACUGUAGAACUGCAAACAUAGAGUCAUUACAAAGUAAAGGUGUGUCUUUAACAGAUGUUAUAAAUCUUGUGAACAAUAAAAAUGACGAUCAAGCGCUCGUACUUUUACCUGGAGGAACUGUCUGUGGCACAGUAGAUGAUGCUAAAAUCGCAUGUUAUGUUAUCGAUAUAAUUCUAAAGCGAACUGCACAGCUAAAGUCAAUCUGCCUCGCAGCAUUCAUGUCGAAAUUUGCAUCGAACGACUUAGUUGUAAUUAUAAAAUCAUCAUUGUUUUGGCAAUAUUUAGAAUAUGAAGCUGAUAUCAGAAACAUAAUUCAAAAACUACUACCCAAAAAAAAGUUCCAAUUUUUUCGUCCAAGCAAUUUUGCUAACUAUGAAGGUGCCGCAUUAGCGACUUCGAUAGCUGUAAGAAUGGACAAAAAAGAACUUCAUUUUUAA